AUGUACACGAAUGCAGCUAAUCAUAACAAUGGCGUGCGCAACUCGUGGGCCAAGGCACAAGGCAGUUUGCAUAACUGGUUCGAGCGCCGCAAACCCGCAGCGAUGGGGUACAUUGACAACGUGUCGCGCCGCUGGAACCAGUAUACUGGCUACGAUGAGAUCAUUGUUUUGAAAGACCAAGUGCAGCUUGAAACGACGCGGCUCAAGACGCUGCAGGAGCAGAAGAACGAAGCGAAAGAUGUGUAUGUACGCGCAGUUGCACAGCGCUCCAUCGCCCAACGCAAGAUCAACGACCUGCUGUCUCGCAAACCAACAUGGAACGACACUGAUCUGUCCGAGUAUACCAAACUAUUGCACUCGGAGCACAGCGAUGCCAAGGCCGAGGAGCAGAGCGAGCAGCAGUACAACACCGCCGAGACGGAGAUGGAGCGUGGUUUUGACGAUCUCAUGCGCAGUGUGAUGCGCAGGUACCACGAGGAGCAUCUAUGGAGCGAUCGUAUUCGCAGCGUGAGCACCUAUGUGAGCAUCGGUCUCGGUCUGCUGAACGUGUUGAUUUUUAUUGUCGCACUGCUCUUUGUCGAGCCGUACAAGCGCAAAAAGUUGGCCAAGACGCUUGAGAAGCGCCUCGUUGCAGGAGAGGAGACGAUGCACAAAGAGAUGCACGAUGCGCUCAGCGACAUCGAUGCACAUCUCGGGCACCUGAAGGACGUGCUCGAAGGCACUCCUCGGCGUAGCAAAGGCACGCGCGCGCUUGGAGAAACACUGCCGCCGCCCCACAAACACAAUUUCCCCUCCAUCUCGUUAGGUACAUGGGGCACCGAGCUCAUGGCCCUGUUUUAUACCCUCCGCUCGUAUACAACGCAUUUCGUGCAGCAAAUUGGUCUUUUUUCGCGGAGCGAGCAGGUCAACAUGACAGCGACAGCGACGGGCCUUGUUGUCGGUGGGCUUUUCUCCUGGUGGAUCGCCGUGCUGCUCUUGUAG